AUGUCAAUUUUGGACCAGCCCAAGAUAUGUUCUUCUUGGCCUCGCAUACGUGACCCAGAUUUAGAACAAGAAUUAAAACGUCGAGGAAUUGAACUAACAGACAUAGGUCCAGAAACUCCUCCUAUUGACAUGCUCAUCGGUGCUGACUUUCUGGGAGGAAUAUUAACAGGAAGAAUAGAAGUUCUGCCAUCUGGUAUAACAGCCGUAGAAACGAAACUCGGAUACAGUGUUUUAGGUCCAGGAAAGAAGAACAGCAUAAAUAUGGUAUCGCUAUGUAUGCAUCACUCAGAGAAACACAAAAUUUGGGACUUAGAAUCUUUGGGUAUAACAGAUCCCACUGAGAGGAAAACAACUAAGGAGCUAGAUGAAGAAACGGUCACAUUUUUUCAAGAGACAAUUCGGAAAACUGGCAACAGGUAUGAGGUGGCUCUUCCAUGGCUAGCAGGACAUCCUCACUUGUAUGAUGGAUACGACCAGGCAGAAGCAAGACUUCGCACCGUUACUAAGCGUCUUUUGAAAGACAAUUACUACGAACUGUAUGAUGGUGUCUUACAGCAGUGGAAGAAUGAUAACAUCAUAGAGGAGGUGACCGAAGCUGAAAUGUCAAGUUCAAAGGCUUGUCAUUAUUUGCCACAUCAUCCAGUCGUUAAAUCAUCAAGCGCUACCACGAAGGUCAGGCCAGUCUUUGACGCUUCAUGCAAACGCCCCGGAUAUGCCUCCUUAAAUGACUGUCUUAGUACAGGACCAAGUUUAUUAAGUGAAAUCCCUCGCCUCAUAAGUAAAUUUCGUUGUGGUGCCAUUGGAGUAAUUGCAGACAUUAAACAAGCAUUUCUUCAACUCUCUUUAGCUGCCAAAGAUAGAGACUACCUAAGAUUCCUUUGGUGGGAAGACAAAGAACACACUAAGAUGAAAUUUUACAGGCAUUGUCGUGUUGUUUUCGGCGUUUCAUCAAGCCCCUUCUUAUUAAAUGCCACGAUUAAAUUUCAUCUUGAAUCGCAGGAAUUCCAAUCAAUAGUCCUGCAAAACACGAUCAAUCGAAUAAAAGAAGGAUUUUAUGUAGACAACUUAGUCACGAGUGUGAAUACCAGCGAAGAACUGGAACAAUUAAAAUCGCAAGCUAUAGAAGUAAUGCAAAAGGGUUCCUUUGAAUUGAGAUGCAAGGCUUACAGUGGAAUUGAAGAAAGUAUAGAUCAGAAUGUACUUGACCUGAAAUGGGACACUCAUGCAGAUGAACUUUAUUGUGCUGGCUGUAAAACGACUUCAGAAAAGGUCCUUUCAAAGAGAAAGCUUCUCUCUGUAGUUAACAACAUAUACGAUCCUAUUGGAUUUACGUCACCUGCAACUCUUCUUCCAAAAUUAUUGCUUCAAGAAGCUUGGAAAAACAAGAUAGGCUGGGACGACGAUCUGCCUCUAAAUAUUCAACAUAGAUAUCAACACUGGGUGAAGCAUAUUGAUCUCAUAGAACAGUGCAGAAUACCUCGUCGAUUAAUGCUAGGAACUGUUGAGAAGAAGAAACGGGAACCUCUGUCCAAUUAA